GUCGCUCAAACCUCUGUAAGCCCCAGUGUGACUCGAAAUUUAUCCUUCCGCGGCCCAACUCGGAGGACUGACUCGGCCCCGAAAUCCCACCGCCAAUUUUCCCGUCCCGCCGAGUCCGACUCGGUGAAUCGCUAGCUGGAGUGAUUUACUUUGUUAUGAUUUGGUGAUGGAGCGAGGAUGGUGAUUACUUCAGCACCAACAACAUGAUCAGCGAUGAUAUAGUUUGAUUUGAAGGAUGGAAGAAGUUUGUCUCAAUAGUGAGCCAGUAUUUGAUGAAGGUGAUGGGUAUGAUAUUGACGGAGACUGCUCUGUGGUGGAACAUGAUGAUGAAACUGGGGAAACACAAUCAAAGAAGGGAUCUACACCACCAACUGUGGGUUUGGAGUUCGAUUCUUUUGAUGAAGCUUAUGAUUUUUACAAUCUUUAUGCUAAAGAACAGGGUUUUGGCAUCAGAGUGAGCAAUUCAUGGUUCAGAUCUAAGAAAAAAGAGCGGUAUAGAGCAAAACUUAGCUGCAGUAGUGCUGGUUUCAAGAAAAAGAGCGAAGCCAACAAUCCAAGACCGGAAACAAGAACUGGUUGUCCUGCAAUGAUAGUCAUCAGGCUGGUGGACUCCAAAAGGUGGAGAAUAGUUGAAGUUGAGCUUGAACACAACCAUCAGGUGAGUCCACAAAUCAAACGGUUUUAUAAGUCACAUAAAAAGAUGAUUAUUGCAGCCAAAAAAGCACAACCACCACCAGAGCCUGUUGCAGAAGUACAUACCAUUAAGCUGUAUCAAACAGCUGUUGCAAAAGCUGGCCUUAAUGGAUACUCAAAUUUCAAUGAAAGAGAAGGUAUCAUUCCUGUUGAUAACUCAAAACAUUUGGAACUUAAAGAAGGAGAUGCUCAUGCAGUUUAUAACUACUUUUGUCGCAUGAAGUUGACAAAUCCUAACUUCUUUUACUUGUUUGAUCUUGAUGAUGAUGGGCGCCUGAGGAAUGUGUUUUGGGCUGAUGCCAGGUCCAGGACUGCUUAUGGUUACUUCUGUGACACAGUUGCAAUAGACACAACAUGCUUGGCAAACAAAUAUGAGAUCCCUCUGAUUUCUUUUGUUGGUGUGAACCACCAUGGGCAGUCUGUGUUGUUGGGCUGUGGCUUCCUCGGACACGAGUCAGUAGAGUAUUUUGUUUGGAUUUUAAAGGCGUGGCUUAAAUGCAUGCUUGGACGCCCUCCGCUAGUGAUUGUCACCGAUCAGUGUAAACCCUUGCAAAAUGCAGUCUCUGAGGUUUUUCCAAAUGCUCGUCAUUGUUAUUGCAUGUGGUAUAUAAUGCAGAGAGUUCCAGAGAAAUUGGGAGGAUUGAAGGGAUAUGAAACAAUCAAAAGACAACUGAACAAAGCAGUAUACAAUUCAUUGAAGAUAUCCGAGUUUGAAACUGCUUGGGCCGAUAUGAUCAAGUGGCAUAGACUAGGGGACAACAAAUGGCUUCAAACAUUGUAUGAAGACAGGCAGUUGUGGGUUCCAGUUUACUUGAAAGACAUAUUUUUUGCAGGAAUAAUCCCUAUCCGAGAAAACGAGGGCUUGAUUACUUUUUUUGAUGGUUAUGUACAUAAACACACAUCUUUUAAAGAAUUUGUUGACAAGUACGAUCUAGCUCUACAUAGGAAGCACCUCAAAGAAGCCAUGGCAGAUCUGGAGUCGAGAAAACCGAGCUUGGAAUCAAAAACAAGAUGUAAUUUUGAGGUGCAGCUCUCUAAGAUGUACACAAGAGAAAUCUUCCAGAGGUUCCAAUCCGAGGUUGAAGGAAUGUACUCUUGCUUCAACACAAGGCAGGUGAGUGUUAAUGGGCCUAUAAUGACGUACAUAGUGAAAGAACGAGUUGAAGUGGAGGGAAAUGAGAAGGAAGUUCGAAAUUAUGAGGUGUUGUACGAGACAACACAAGUGGACAUCCGAUGCAUUUGCAGUUUGUUCAACUAUAAGGGCUAUCUAUGCAGGCAUGCACUGAAUGUUCUUAAUUACAAUGGGGUGGAAGAAAUCCCACCUCGCUACAUUCUGCCGCGGUGGAGUAAAGACUUCCAAUGCAGGUAUGCUCUUGACAAUAACUCCAGUAAUAUUGGUGUGUAUAACCCACUGUACUGCUAUAAUUAUCUGCACAAACACGCUCUUCCAAUUGUGGAAGAAGGGGCACAAUCCCAACAACAUUAUAAGAUUGCUUUGCAAGAAUUGGAGGAGUUGUUAAACAAGUUUAAUGUUGUAGAGAACGACUUUGUAUAACAGAGAAAUACCAAAAUCUUAAUUAUAGUCACCGUGCUUUUUAA